ACAAAUUAAGAAGAAGAGAAACCAAAAGCAUUUUCACAUUAAUAUCUUGAAAUGGCGGAUACACAUCGCGUCGAUCGCACCGAUAGGCAUUUCCAAUUUCAGUCACCAUAUGAAGGCGGCCGAGGUCAGUAUGAAGGUGGCGGUGGCGGUUACGGUUACGGCAGUGGUUACAAGAGCAUGAUGCCUGAAAGUGGCCCAUCUAGCACCCAAGUAUUGUCCCUUUUGGUUGGAGUCCCUGUCGUGGGUUCGCUACUUGCCUUAGCCGGUUUACUUCUAGCCGGUUCAGUGAUCGGCUUAAUGGUUGCUCUACCGUUAUUCCUCCUCUUCAGCCCCGUUAUAGUCCCAGCAGCUCUAACCAUCGGGCUAGCCGUGACAGGCUUCUUAGCCUCGGGAAUGUUCGGUUUAACUGGGCUAAGCUCCAUCUCAUGGGUGAUGAACUAUCUUCGUGGUACAAGGAGGACUGUGCCUGAGCAAUUGGAGUAUGCAAAGAGGAGAAUGGCUGAUGCUGUUAGCUACGCUGGACAGAAGGGCAAAGAAAUGGGUCAGCACGUGCAGAACAAGGCCCAAGAUGUUAAGCAAUAUGAUAUCUCCUCCAAAGCCCAUGAUACUACUACUAAGGGUCAUGAAACUCAGGGAAGGACGACGGUCGUAUGAUGAGUUUCUUCUGUAUGAGAACGUAUGGUAGUUAUGUAUGAUGUCCUCUUUAAUGCAUUUUCAAUAUGAUGUUUAGUGUUUCUUUUUUUUGUUUGGCUUUUUGUUGAGCCAUCUAUGUGUUUUGUGUUUUUGUAAGCAUGAGAAGAUCUCAAGUGUUAUGGUAAUAUUCUAAUGUUUAAUAAUUAUAUUACACUGUUAUAGUU